GCUCUUCCAGAGACAGAAGACCAGGAAGGCACCGGGCCUGGAUGGCGUGUCACCCUCUUGUCUGAAAGUCUGUGCUGACCAGCUGGCCUCCAUUUUCACACUGAUCUUCAACAGAUCACGGGAGCUGUGUGAAGUCCCCUCCUGCUUCAAGAGCUCCACUAUCGUCCCGGUCCCCAAGAAACCCCGUAUCACAGGAUUAACUCACUACAGGCCAGUUGCCCUAACAUCUAUGGUCAUGAAAUCCUUCGAGAGACUGGUGCAGGCCCACCUGAAGGAAAUCACAGGGCCCCAUGCUCGACCCCCUGCAGUUUGCCUACUGAGCAAACAGGUCAGUGCAUGAUGCCGUUAACAUGGGAUUGCGCUACAUCUUCCAACACCUCGACUCCCCAGGGUCAUAGGCAAGUGUCCUGUUUGUGGAUUUCAGCUCAGUAUUCAACACCAUCAUCCCAGAUAUCCUCCACUCCAACCUCACCCAGCUUACUGUACCAGCCCCCGUCUGCCAGUGGAUUAGAAACUUCCUGACAGACAGGCAGGUGGUGAGGCUGGGGGAAAAUCACAUCCAGCACCAGGACAGUCAGCACUGGUGCCCCCCAGGGAUGUGUUCUCUCCCCUCUACUCUUCUCCCUCUACACAAAUGACUGCACCUCAGGUGACCUGUCUGUUAAACUCCUGAAGUCUGUGGACGACACAACCAUCAUUGGCCUUAUCUGGGAUGGUGGCGAGUCUGCAUAUAGAUGAGAGGUUGAUCAGCUGGCCCUCUGGUGCGGCCAUAACAACCUGGAGCUGAACAUGCUCAAAACAGUGGCGAUGACAGUAGACUUCAGGAGGAGCCCCCCAACCCCCACCCCACCCCACCAUAUUCAACAGCACGGUGUCUGUGGUGAAAACCUACAGAUUUCUGGGUUCCACAAUCUCCCAGGACCUCAGGUGGGCAUCCAACAUAGACACAAUCAUCAAAAAGGCCCAGCAGAGGAUGUACUUUCUCCACCAGCUCAGGAAGUUCAACCUGCUUCAGGAACUGUUGAUUCAGUUCUACACUGCAAUAAUCCAGUCUGGCCUCUGCACAUCCAUUACUGUCUGGUCUGGAUCGGCCACCAAACAGGACAGGGACAGACCACAACGGACAGUUAGGUCUGUAGAGAAAAUCACUGGUGCCAACCUGCCCUCCAUUCAGGACUUGUAUACAUCUCCAGAAUCAGGAAACGGACAGGCAGCAUCACUGCAGACCCAUCACACCCUGGUCACAACCUGUUCCAACUCCUCCCCUCUGGCUGCUGCCAUCUUUAACUCAGCUUUUGGAAGCUUUCUGGGUAUUGUAGUGACACCAGUGCUGCUGCUACUCUUUCUGGGCUCCUCCUCCUCCGUUCCUUUCUCCUCAAUAUUCUCUCAGCUCUUCAUGACCGUGGUGGUUCCUCUCAUGCUGGGACAGGUGUGCCGUGGUUUCCUGCGGGAGUGUCUGGAGCGGCGGAAGCCUCCUUUCGGGGCGGUCAGCAGCGCCGUCCUACUGAUGAUAAUCUACACCACCUUCUGUGACACCUUCAGCAACCCAAACAUGGAGCUGGACCAGACCAGCCUGGUGCUGGUCGUCCUCAUCAUCUUCUCCAUCCAGCUCAGCUUUAUGCUGCUCAUGUUCCUCUUCUCUACACGGGCAGGAUCUGGAUUCACCCCUUCUGACACUGUGGCCAUCAUGUUCUGUUCAACACACAAGUCGCUAACGCUGGGUAUCCCCAUGUUAAAGAUAGUGUUUGAGGGAUAUGAGCAUCUGUCUCUGAUCUCGGUUCCUCUGUUGAUAUACCAUCCAGCCCAGAUCCUACUGGGAUCAGUACUGGUUCCCACCAUACGGUCGUGGAUGACCAGCAAACAGAAGGCGGUGAAAAUGACAGUCCUCCAACCUAUCUGAGAAGGCCUGAAUGUGCUCAUCAGCGCUGUGUGCGUGUGUGUGUGUGUGUGUGUGUGUGUGUGUGUGUGUGUGUGUGUGUGUGUGUGUGUGUGUGUGUGUGCGCUCGCCCCCGGGUGGAGGAUACAGCGAUCCUAAGUGCCUAAUGACAGCUGACCAAGAGAGACCUCGGCAGAUGGCAAGAUGCCACAUGGAGAAACUUCUUUUAAGUCCUCCGUUUACUUUUCUAUCGAGCGCAGCAGAGGUGCUUUUCUAUUUUCUUACUGAACUCACGACAGCCUCCUGCGAGAGGCGCACAACAGGAAGGGGCGUGACCUGGUGAACGGUGUGCUGGGUUUGACAUAUAGCACAGCCCGGCAGGGAGGGUGGUGUUACUGGGCCUGCAUACAUAUACAUUUAUAUAUAUAUUUUAUUGUCUUCUCUAUUUUCCAGUGCCAGAAAUGAUGGCCUUAACUCACUUGUGUGAUUGAUUAAACUGUUAGAAUCGCUGUUUGUGGAAGGCAAAUCCAAGUGUUCCACAUCUUUUAUAGAUUGACCAUUUAGCUGGCUCUUUAACAAGCGGGCGAUGUUUGACAGUACGGCAGACUUCCGGACCCUGCAGGUAUACACAGUGGGACCGUCUCGAGUCUCUUGACCAAGUUUUGAUGGAAGACCAGUACACACAAGUCUAAUAUGAUGUUCCAUUGGCCCUACCAGCUUCAGCAUCUUUUCUCUUCUCACAGAGAGGAUCCUACCCGGGUAGGGAUUCUGUGUUUGGCCAAAGGGCACUUCAGCAGAAGGUUCUGGGGUUUGGAAACUGGAAGCAUCCGGUUUCCUGUCGGACGUCAUUUUCCUGUUCUCAAACUUCAGACUGUCUGUCUGUCGUGGGGUUGGCUUCGAUAGCAUCUAAAUUGAAUCUGAAUCCAGUAUCGUAUCUGUUGAUUGAAUCUAAAACCAAAUCCAUUCGAGUCCCUUAUCAAACCCUUCUGGUAGGUUGUAAAAAAAAACGUCCAUUAUUGCCAAUCGACCAUGAUGUCAAAAGUAAAUAAAAUUAAGCGCGCUGCCUGUGUGGGAGUAGACGUACACACAUGACAUCAUCGUACCUGUAUGACAUCAUCGUACCCGUAUGACAUCAUUACCUGUUGAAUCCACAGUAAGAUUUAAUGACGUUUUACUGUAAUGCUGUUCCAUCACAGAAACCGAUGGCAGCUGUAGGACAAAGGUCAAUAAGAGGUUCAAUUAACUCAAGGCUUAUUGAAUCUGGAUAUUUGAUCAACUCAGAACCGAUCCCAAAACCGAACCCGCUAUCGAAGCUGAACCUGAGAUCCAUGUCCUCCUUAUUUGGAGCAGUGAGAUGUUCGGUAUGUUCACUCUCACGCGCUCCACAAGCCGGCCUCAGUCCAUCUCCAACCACCAGGAAGACCACAGAUGCAGCCUCGGUUUCAGAUGGCUGAUUGACAGCUGCAGCACAAGUUACAUGUCACAGAGAGGCGGGACACAGAGCCAGCAUAGCAUUUGAUUGGCUGCUAGUGGGUUCUAAUCAGUGUCCUCACCCUGACUAAAGUGGCCGCCGUGGUUGAAGAGGCCGGUUUAGGGAGCGGUACGUAUGUGGGGGGAACCCAGUGUGAGGAAAGUGACAGACUCGCCGAUGAAUCUGAUGGAUUAUUCCGUCAUCUUGGUUCAUUUGAUUGUGAAUGAAAUUUCUCCUUUCAGUUUUCUGCUGUUACCAAAACAUUGAAUGUAUUUUGUGACCAGAAGGGAAAAAUGCUGGACAGGAUGGUCGAAACAAACUCCAACCCUGGCCUGCUCCUCGCCUCAGUCAGGAAUCCAGCGUCCGUGCCACUUCCUGUCUGUCAUUUUCCCCUCCAGCCAGCGAGAAUCUGGACCAAUGACUUGAGCCAUCACUGCCAGACAAGCUAGCAGGAGCAGCAAGGAGAGUACGGUGUUGCUGUGGCCAGACAGAAGGGGGAGGUGCGACACACGAGCUGUGAGACAGUACAGUAAACCGUACCAGGACCGCCGCACUCCCACGGACACUUCCUUCCUGCCGUCAUGCGCUCGGCAGCCGCCCACCACAGUUCCACAGCUGACGUGACGCACAGCCCCACUCGUGUCAGCCCGCUGUAACGCACCUUGUUGUCCUACCUGGCUGACAAACAGGAAGUAGAUUCAGGAAGUAGAUUGUGAAGUGGUCACAGAGACAGGAAGUGCCUGUUGUGCUGGUUUGUGGUUUUCUACUUUUUCAUAAUUAAAAAAAAGUGAGCUGUCUUUGUUUUCUGUGUCGAGACACCGAGUGGUCGAGAACGAGAAUAAAAGGCAGCUCACAGCUGCUGGAC